GAGAUAUCAUUUGCAGUUCUCGACGUGCAGUCAACGGCGCGUUCUUUGGUCGAAACGCCGAGUUUUCUGCCGUCUCGUUGACUAUCGAAGUCGUGAGAUUAACUGCAUUAUACGAUAAUCACAAAAAUCUUCAAAUUGCACUCUUCGCAGCUUUAGCUCGCUCUGUCUUCAGCGAUUAUUCUCCAUAUGGCUCGAACAAACGUGAGAAGGCGGCAUUCGGAUAUGCCGCAUUUUGAAUCUGUUACCAGGAUUUCGAAUCUUCCACUCGUUGAAAGUGGUAUACACAUUGCUGGUAAUGUGUAUAGAAAAAUAAAGCGCUCAAAUUCUUUAAUGAAUUGGAGUUUGGAUGCUGCAGAGCAGUCAUUAGCGAUUGCAACGAUGACGGCAAGGCCAGCGAUUUUUGCAUUCAAUGGGCCAAUUACAACAAUUGAUCAGCUGUUGUGCAAAGGUAUUGACAUUGUUGAACAGAGAGUACCAGCCGUACAUCUUCCUCCCUAUCUCAUGUAUUUGAACACGCGAGAAUAUGUAAAUGAGAAUAUUGUAAAGCCGGUCCUGAAGCGUGCCGGAAGUGUUAAACUAAUUGGCAGUCAAGCUGCCAACGUCGCCGCGGAUAGAUUGGAUGAUGCACUGACAGUUGCGGACAAGUAUGUAGAUCGUUAUUUGCCAGGAGAAUCAAUCGAUAAAAACGACGAAGUCACUGGUCUCAUUGAAGUGAGCAAAACGACACGAACCAUUAAGCAUGGCGCAAGAUUUUCACGUAAACUCCAAAAAAGAUUGACACAACGCACUUUGGUCGAAGCACGUGCUCUUAAAGAGCAAGGAACGGAAUGUAUUCAUGUACUUCUAUAUGUGGCCGAAUUGAUAGCCACAGACCCAAAAUUGGCACUACAAAAGGCCAAGGAGUUGUGGUCCAAGUUGAGUCUACCCGAGCCCGAAAAUCAGGCACGUCCGACCACGCUCGAACAGCUGUUGGUACUUUUGACACGCGAGUCCGCAAGACGCAUAGUGCAUCUGGUGAAUGGCACAGCGGCAUUGGCGAUUAGAACCCCGCGACGUUUAGGUCGUCUACUCGUCCGGCUUUCUCAUCAACUACUUGCCGUCGCCGACGCCUCGUUGAAGAUGACAUCACUUAUCAAUAAAAACACUGUAACAAAAGAAGUAUCCGUCAUGCGCUCUGCUAUUGAGAGAUUGAGCUUAACAGCGAAUCUAUUCUUGGAAAAAUUAGCUGCGCUCUUGGCUGGUCGUCCCAGCCCUCAGAAGGGUUCACACGUGCGAAACCAACAGAACCACAACAACCACAUGUCGGUGACUUCCAAUCCCCCAGUAAAUGUGACAUAUGUCGUACUUUGCUCAUCAGUCAGUUAUUGGCUCAUUCAAACUGCGUUCACUGCGCAAGCGAUUCUCCACAUUAUAAGUGUUCAGUGUCCGUGACCGGCGACAGCAUUCGUACCCAAGCAAGUAUCAGACGCGUUCGAGGCUACGCCGGUGAACUACUACAUUCGACGUCCCAGUCUGUACUUCAAAAGCAUGGCGACAGAAGUGGCACAGCUUCUUGAUCUCAAGGCCUUCCAUCGUGUCAUAGAAUUACCCAUCGUCGAUUCGGCACUCGUCAAAUCCGCGGAGACUUAUUCCAGGAUAAAAGACUCGAAUCAGCUGGUGCAUUGGGCACUCACCACUGCUGAAACAUCCCUUAAUUUCGCAACGAAACAAGUAAUACCUAUUAACGUGUUAGUUGCUGCGAAGAGGUUUCUUCAGAGUCCUAUAAAUUUUGUCGAUUACACGUUGUGUUUAAGUCUCGACAAGAUCGAAGAAAAAGUACCGAUAGUGAAGGAAAGACCUGAGCAGAUUUAUAAGAAGGCGGUAUUAAGCAUUUCGAAUGUAAAUGAUUUAAUUGUUGCACAAGCGACGAAUUUACGAGAUAUUAGCUGGAACAAAGCCAAUCAAAUUCUCGAUACACACUAUGGCAACGUGGCUGUAAAAGGUUUGGAUAAUACUGCUGUUGUUGUGGAUAAGCUCAUUGACAGAUAUUUCCCCGCAAUAGAAAAAGAAAAGCCAAGAGAGAGAAUGGCGGACGCAAAUAAAGCCAUGCCAAAUUCCGCUCCUCGUCUUGAAGUAAUAGACCGGGUGAAAAAUAUUCCGGUGGUUCAUUCGGCGAUCGAGAAGACGGGCUCUACGUAUUCCUACGUUAAGGAUUCCCAUCAUUUGAUAAAUUGGGCGUUGAGCUCUGCCGAGGCAGGAUUGCAUUAUGCAACUGCUACGGCGGCGCCGCUUACAGUCCCUUUAGCUAAGAAAUUCGAAGGACAGAUCAACGCCGUCGACCAGAAGCUAUGCCAGGGGUUAGACAUUGUCGAACAAAAAGUUCCGAUCGUAAAGAAACCACCGCAGCAGAUUUACGACGCUGCAAAGGCGGUUAUGAACAGCUCCUUGCAGCCAACCAUUGAAAAAUUGAACGUGGCAAAGGAGUCAGCCACGCAACAGGCGUCUACGCUGAAAGAGAUCAGUAUAGCUAAGGCGAACGAGCUCCUAAACACACAAUGUGGUAACAUGGCUGUACAAGGCAUUGACAACACCAGCGUACUUGUCAAUCGUUUAUUAGAUCACUACUUCCCGCCGGUAGAAGGAGAGGAAAAUGCACCAACUCCAGUCUCGGCGGAUGAGAAUAAAGUGCUCCACGCGGUGCAAACAAUCGGUCAGCUGUCGACAAAAACUGCUAAUCGCGUUUAUCAUUCCGUUUCUGCGCAACUAAGGACAGUGAAGAAGGAAGACGUGGCGACAUACAUAUCUAGCGUAGUGUCAAUUCUUCAUCUAACGCACUUUUUAAAUCUUGGGCAGAAACAAACGGAUGACAAGCAGACAAAUAGUCCGACAGAGAAACAAGAUGAGGAGAAGAAAUAAUCUCAAAGUUCUUUAUUCAUUCCUGGGUUCAAUUUGAUGUAUAAUUUAUGUUCAUUCAUUCGUUACGCACCGUAGUGUUUUCGAAUAUUUAGAGAAACGUAUGAGAGAUCAAAUAACGUGCAAAUUUUUCAAAAAUUUAAUGUAUCACAUGUAUACCUACAUACAUUUAUUU